AAAACACUAAUCAUUGCAGAACUGUUCUGUGAAAGUACAAAAAGGACUAGGCUGCUAGGAAGGAAAAAAGCAAGGUCAGAGUGAACAAUUUAAGGAAGCAUUGAAGGGAAGGUAGACCCAGAUCACUAGUAAAGGCAUUAAAAUACAAGCAAAUAGAAAAAAAAAAAGAAAGAAGAUUAAGUAGAAGUUCAAGUCAAGCAAUAUCAGUAGAGGGCUAAGGAUCAGAGCAAUAAGAAUCAUUUCAGAGACAAGAACUCUAAAAUUUGGCAAAAUGACAGUAUCCCGUGGUUGGCUUUCUUUCAUUAUUCUCUUGCUGUUCAUACUUGCUGGAAUCAUUAUUGCCUUGGCGCUGGGAAUGAGUUGGGAGAAGCUUAGCUGCGACCGCGGCGGCUUCUUACAUGGAGCUGUGGCUGCUGACUCCGAGAUCUGCUCAGACAUAGGCAGGGACAUCCUGAAGCAAGGGGGCUCAGCUGUGGACAGUGCUAUAGCUGCCCUAAUUUGUACCACAGUAAUACAUCCACAGAGCAUGGGCCUGGGAGGUGGUGUCAUUUUCACUAUUUAUAAUGCCUCAACGGGAGAAGUGGAGGUGAUCAAUGCACGAGAAACUGUGCCUAGCAGGUCUCCACCCAAUCUCACUGAGCAGUGCUUCAACCCUGGGUUUGUGAAACCAGGAGUGCAAUGGAUUGGGGUACCUGGAGAGCUAAGAGGAUAUGAGACAGCACAUAAGCGACACGGGCGACUACCAUGGAAAUCACUCUUCGAACCAACAAUUAAGCUUGUGACGAAUGGAAUUCGGGUUUCAAGCCUUAUGAGCAAAUAUCUGUCUUUCUUUGAAAAGUUAAUUAAAAAACACUCGAUUUGUCAGCUGUUGUGUGAGAACAAACAGGUGCUAACGGAAGGACAGGCCAUAAACUUCACCCAGCUAGGGUAUACUCUUCGUGUGUUGGCAGAUGAAGGAGCUGACAGCUUCUACAAUGGAUCCAUCUCAAAGAAGAUUAUGGAGGACCUCCAUAAUGAGGGAAGUUUUUUGACUGCAGAAGACUUACAGAAUUACAAGGUGGAAAUCGUAAGACCUUUAAACUUUUCUCUUGGAUCCUACACUUUGUAUUCUCCUCCACCCCCAGCAGGAGGAGCUUUCAUUAGCUUCCUUCUCAAUAUACUAAAAGGUUAUCACUUUUCUGCAAGCUCUGUGCAGAGUGAGACAGAACAGAUACAGACCUACCAUUACAUCGCAGAAGCCUUUAAAUUUGCCAACGGACAAAAGAGACAACUGGCAGAGGGACUGGCAGCUGGUAACACAAAAGAGCUUUUAGAUACUCUGCUGUCACCAAGCUUUGCACAGAAUAUAAGAGAGAAGAUUGAUGACUCUGGUGAUCACACACUCAGUUUCUAUAAUGUGUCUUCUAUUCAUCCAGAAACAUUGGGCACCACUCAUAUCUCUGUCAUUACCAAAGAUGGGAGUUCGGUUUCUGUCACAAGCUCCAUCAAUCAUGUAUUUGGCGCAAUGGUUUAUUCACCAAGCACAGGGAUCAUCCUGAAUAAUCAGCUGGCAGAUUUCUGCAUUUCUUCUCUUUCACAGCCACUCAGGGCAGGGGAGCAGCCCCCAUCAUCCAUGACCCCAGCCAUUUUUCUGUCACAUGACAAGAAGUCUCAACUGGUAAUAGGCGGUGCUGGUGGGGUGAGGAUCAUAAGCGCCACUACACAGGCUAUAAUAAACAAGCUGUGGUUUGGCUACAACCUUGAAAAAGCCAUUUCGUUGCCUGUUUUCCAUGUCACGGCCCGCAACCAGCUAGAGUUUGAGCCACAUUUCAGCAAGGCAGUGCAACAAGGACUGCAAGAAAAAGGACAUAAAUUUAGCAACGUUUCAUUUGCUCUGAAUGUGGUCCAAGCAGUAUCCCAAGAGAAUGGAUGUUUAUUUGCCUUUUCAGAUAAGCGAAAAGAAGCAAAGGCUGCUGGUUAUUAAAAGAUUAAUAUGUAAGAUUAAUUUAAAUAAGAAGCACAAAUUAAAUUUCUAAUAAAGGAGAGUUAAAUAUA